AUGCCUCCCAAGGAAGAGGAUGGCACACAACGGUCAUUUACAUUUAUCACCGGCAACCCGAGAAGCAAGCAGAACAUCACCCAGAUACGCCGGCAUGCCGGUCAGAAUUCUGGUCACAAAGCAGCGCUCCAGUGGCCCACGUCCUCCGCGGAUACGGUGAUUUCUUCUGGAAGUAGCCCUACCCCAACCUCUUACACCUGGAGUCCCAGGCAAUAUGCACCAUCCAGGCCUUCAUCAGCUGACGAGACUUACGACUCCUUCAUAGCGUCACAGUCCAGAGCCCAACAGCGUGAUGUAUGGUUAUCGCAAGGCCCUUUCUCAUCCUCCCCAAGGCAUCGCCUUGACCUAGCAACCUCUUCGAUUGACCCUGAUACCUCCAAUCUCCUACAAUCGACUCAUGUAUACCAACAACAACAAGCAGAAUCUUGGUCGUCCCCAGGAGCGUCGCUGUUGGCCGGGAUAGAUAAGACUGACCCUCAGGAUACAUCGGCUAGAUCAAUGGACAGAUCCGGAGCCCAUAUAUUUCAACGAGUGGUCGAUCGGGGUCCAGCGCUGCCAAACCCGCCAGUAAUAGAACCAUCUUCACCUCCUCCCACCACCAUUUUAGCAAGUCCACAGCGACACAAGCUAACAAUCCAAGAAUUGGUUAACAAGUCUGGACCAGAAGAGCCUUGUGGAGGAAGAGUGACUCCAGAGACUCAACGUAACGGCAUUCAGUCUCCACAAGAUGGUGGCUCGCCGUUGUCCGAGUCCAGUGGUCUGCAGAAAGCGUACGAAUUCCGAGCACCUUAUACUUUGCAUAAUGUAACUCGAAUUAGGAGACCUCUCGUGCGACGGAAACACAGUGGCCAGUCCAAGCCAGAAGAGAAGUCCAGGAAGCGACGGAAGCAUUCAGUGGAGUCAGACUCAAACUCAGGCUUACACACAAGUGACUCGGCAAGUCCUCAGCUUGUGAAAGAAAGACAGCCAUGGCAUACCGACAAAUGGAAAUCUACCAUUCCUGCUCCACUUCUACUACCUGCUCCAGCGCUUUCCAAAGAAAAUACAUCAUGA